AUGUUCUCCAAGUCUUUCCUCCUCGCCGCCCUCCCCCUCGUGGCCCGCGCCGCGGUCACGCCCACCCCGAUCCGCCGUGCCGCCGUUGCCAACGACACGGGCGACAUCCAGUCGUCCCUCACCCUCGACCCGUCCGUCAUCGCCACCGGCUUCGCCAACGACGGUCAGGAUGUCCCCGCCGCCGGCCAGGUCGCGUCCCUCACGUCCACGAACAACUUUAUCAACUUCUGCGCCGGCCAGACCAUCACCAACGGCAAGCAGAUCACCACCGGCUCCUGCAACCCGGCCCCCAUGGGCCAGAUCGCCGCGCAGACCGUCAUGCCCUCCUGCAAGUUCGUCUUCCCGCCCAACGGCGGCUCCGUGCCCGCCAACCAGGCCUUCACCAUCCAGAUGGCGAUCAACAACCUCGAGACCGGCAACUUUGUCAACGCCGAGGAGAACUACUUUGCCGCGCCCCAGCAGGUGAACGCGCAGGGCCAGAUCAUCGGCCACUCGCACGUCGUCGUCGAGCAGCUCUCCGCGCUCGACCAGACGACCGUCACGGACCCGACCAAGUUUGCGUUCUUCAAGGGCCUCAACGACCCCGCCGCCAACGGCGUCCUCUCCGCCGACGUCACCAGCGGCCUCCCCGCCGGCUUCUACAAGGUUUCGUCCAUCAACUCGGCGGCGAACCACCAGCCGGCGCUCGUCGCCGUCGCCCAGCACGGUUCCCUCGACGACGUCUCCUACUUUACCGUGACCGACGGCGCUGGCAACUCGACCGCCGACGCUGCUGCCGCCGCAACCGACUCUGCCGCCGCCGCCGCAACCGACUCUGCUGCCGCCGCCGCCGCAACCGACUCCGCAGCAGCAGCUGCUGCCACCGACUCUGCCGCCGCCGCUGCCACCGACUCCGCCGCCGCCGCCGCCUCCACCGACGCGGCCGGCGCGGGUGCCGCCGCCGCUGGUGCUGGUGCCGCUGGUGCCGCCGCCGGUGCUGCCGCCGGUGCCAAGGGCGCGCAGGGUGCUGCCGGUGCUGCCAAGGGCGGCUUCCAGGGCAAGGGCGCGCAACAGGGCCAGGGCCGCGGCAAGGGCGGACGCUUCACCAAGGCCCGCUUCGCCCGCGCGUACUGA